GUUGAGCUCCCGUUUAGUUUCUCUCCGCGGUCCCCGAGUCACGUGACUUUUCGCAUCCCCACCCCAGUGCUCUCUGCCCUUCUUUCCUGGCGGCGAACGCCGCCGCCCGUGGCUAGGUUUUCGUCGGGCCCUUCGCCGGCGACGAGCAUCCACCAGGGGGACGACUGAGCUGAGCUGAGCCUGCAGUAGCGAGAGUUGUCGAGGCACUAUGUUGUUCUUCUCCUACUUCAAGGAGCUCGUGGGGAAGGAGGUGACAGUGGAGCUCAAGAAUGACCUGGCGAUCCGCGGGACGCUCCACUCGGUUGACCAGUACCUCAACAUCAAGCUGGAGAACACCCGAGUUGUUGACCAGGACAAGUAUCCCCACAUGCUGUCAGUGCGGAACUGCUUCAUCAGGGGCUCGGUGGUGCGGUACGUGCUGCUCCCGCAGGACGGCGUGGACAUCGACAUCCUCCACGACGCCACCAGGAGGGAAGCGCGCGGAGGCUGAUCCUGAUCCUGAUCGGCACCGCCGGCCCUCACCUGCUGCUUCGUUCCCGGGGAGGAGAUUUGCCUUUGCCCCCCUGAUCAGAUUGUACGAAGCAAUGCAUGUAUGGUGGGUGUGUUGUUAGACAGAUGGUGAUCUGAGUGUGGCUGAACAGGCAAACACCCCCACUUAAUCCCACCAGUUAGUUCCCUGGUACUUGCCGUGACAGACAUUCCAGGUUGGGUGAUGACCUGCUGCUAUAUAUCAUCAUAUCAUAUGCCUAUGGCCCCCUGCAUGUUCCUUGUGGGUUGCUGUCUGCCUGUCAGUAAUGCUGUUUGACCAAGA